AUGCCGUGCCCAGCUACCUGCGGCAUUCAUGUGCAUCAAACUCGCAGUGUGGUGUGUGUUCCGAAGAAUCCUGGUGAAACUGCAAGCGAUACGGACUGCAAUGUUGCCGAAAGACCACCGUCUAUGCGUUCCUGUAAGCUGGCCGUCUGUCCUAAAGGCGAACCACCUCUUGGCAAGUGGCUGAUUGGGGAGUGGACCAAGGUUCUGUCAAAAGAUUUCAAGCUUCUGCGUUCACGAUUUUUCGAUCUUCAGUGCUCAGUUACAUGUGGAGGUGGAUGGCGACGUCGCACA